ACGUUCGACGAAAUCAAACAUUCCUAAUAAUGGCGUCAAAAUUAAAGCCUUGCAAGUUUGCCGAGAAAUGUUAUCGUAAAAAUCCAGAUCAUUUAAAGGAGUACAGCCAUCCAAAACGCAAAGGAGAAGAGGAUGACAAACAUGAAAAACCACCUAAGAAACUGAAGACAGUUGAAAGUAAAAAGGCAAAUACGAUUGAUGCAUUAUUUGCAAAGAACGUAAAAAAAGAAGCUACAGUAGAAGAAAAACCAGUCACAAACACAACAGAAGAAUCAGAAUCAACAUCAGAAAGUUUCUCAGCAACAGAUAAACCUUGUUCUCCAGGUGAUGAAAGUGGGAAGUCUCCACAAGGAAAAGACGAAGAAGACGAGGCAACAGUAGAAUCACCAUGUGAUGUUAAAGAGAACAUUAAACAAAAGUUCCUUUUUGAGAUGCCUGAAGAUUUCUAUCAGUUUUGGGAAUUCUGCAAGGCUGAAAAUCCUGCCAAGCCAACAGAUGCUUUGAAGAAAGACACUGGCUUGCAGUUGGUUGGACCCUAUGACAUUCUGGCAGGGAACCAUACAGGUGUGGACAGGAACCGGCAUGGAAGGCGCCCCAACUUCCUGCUCCACUGGCGCUACUACUAUGAUCCUCCUGAGUUCCAGACAGUACUGAAGGGGGAUGAUAAGACACAGUUCCACUUAGGCUACUUCAGAGAUGACCCCUGUGAAAUGCCAGCGUUUGUGGCCGCCAACUCAGCUGCUGUCGACUGCAUCAUCACUCCAAAGGGAGAUAAUAUUUUUGCUGCAGUGAGUGCUGUUAUAAGCGACAAACUGAAGGCCAAGGACACGGACUGUGGACUAGCUUCCCGACUGAAGGACCUUUCUGAGCGGCUGAACAAAUGUGCAACAAAGCUCGGUCUGAGUCUCGAGGGGAAGAGCAAAAGAAUGAAGGAGCGAGACAAGAAGGUGGUCUGCAAGAGCUUCCACAAGGCAGGCAUUGUGGUGCCAGUUGAUGAGAACGAGGUGGGAUAUAGGGAGGUGCCAGAAUCACCAGCCGAUCUAAAGAAAAUGUUCAAGAAGAUUGCGGACAGCAAAACUGAUGAUGAGCGUGACAAGAACUACGAAGACCUCCAAGAGCUCAUAACUCUGAUACAGUUUGCAAAUGAUGAGUGUGAUUAUGGAGAGGGCCUCGAGCUGGGGAUGGACUUGUUCUGUUUCGGAGGGUCUGUGUUUCAUUCAACCAUACUGCAGCUAUUGCCUCUGGCAUAUAUGUUGCUGAACAGGCCAGAGUUCGGUAAAAUCAUCGAGGCACAUCUUAAAGACAGGAGGAAAGGGGCUGAUCUGAGCCAGAUUGUGUGACCUUGGUGAUGACAUGGGGUUCAAACAUGCGAUCGCUGCUAUUGCCUCUGGCAUAUAUGUUGUUGAACAGGCCAGAAUUCAGUAAAAUCAUAGAAGCACAUCUUAAGGACAGGAGGAAAGGGGCUGAUCAGAGUCAGAUUGUGUGACCUUGGUGAUGACAUGGGGUUCAAACAUGCGAUCACGGCUUUGUUCCUAUGUGUAUGUAUAUAACUAUGACAAUUUGUAAAGGAUUAAUAUUUUUGAUUUAUUUGAUGUUCCUCAUAACACAUUCUCCUUUUGUACAUGAGAUCGCAUUAGUGAAUAAUGAUUGUGAAUUUUAUACACUUCUUUUGUGUUUUUAUAACAUGAACACAUGUUUUAAUUUAUUAAUUUAUGAAAAGUUAGUAGUUCAUUGUUUCUGUUAUGGUGUGUAUUUUAUUUAUGGCUUUUCAUUAAUAUUUCAAUUCAUCAAUUUCUUACUUUUUCAAAAUACUGGGAAAUAUUACUCAUGCGUUCUGACUUCUUCUAUUGUAACUGAAGCUGCCAGCCAAAAUUAGGUGAAAAGUGUUUAACGUUUCAUAACUAUGUGACAGGUUGGUGAAUCAGAACGUUUUGGUAGUAUAGACACUUCCUCUUGUUAAUAAAGUUUCCCUCAAAGA